AUGAGCCAUUCAAACCGCCAUUCGAGCCAAAGCUCCAUGGCGCUCUGCGACCUGCCACCUGAAAUGAUAGGCGAGAUAGCAUCUCACCUGGAUCUAUCUGACCUCCUUAAUGUCCAUCUCGUUUGCCACUACCUCAAAGACGCCACAGUCAACCGCUAUGAACGAGCGAAAAUUGCUAACCUCAGGACUGACUUCUCUCGAGAAUCCCUAGCAAGGCUUGAGAAGCUUAGCAACUCACACCUUGCCCCCCACGUGAAGGAGCUCAAUAUUGUGGGCAAGCCUGUUUGGUGGACAUGCCGCCUGGGAACGGGUCUUGCAUGGCGCCGGCGCGACGGGCGUCUUGUGAGCGACCAAGAGAGCAUACGGCGCUGGGGAGAGGUCAUUCGCGGUUUCCCUAACUGUACGUCGUUCUCAUUUCCCAUGACAAAGCCCACAGAUUAUAACUUUGCCACUAGUCCAGGCCAACGUGACAAUGGCCAGGCUGAAUCAGGCGAGACAGCUCCCCGCCUCAUCUUCCCAAGGUUGCUGCCCGGCGAAACCUUCGAUGACGCGCUGACCACCACGGACGCAUACAUGGUUCUCAUCCACAUCAUUACCCAGGCCCAGAUCCCAAUCAAGUCACUCACUAUCCUUGAGCACGAGGAGGGCGGGCUGGACCAGGACCGUAUUGACACGGCGCACCUCGAUGACCCCGCGUUCACAGCAGCGUGGUCCAACCUGCGUGAGCUACGCCUUAAGCCCUCCUACAACUUCCACAUGGAGACGGUGUACUUGCCCCGGCUCAUGAGUGCAGCCACCAACCUCGAGACUCUAUCCAUACAACUAACGGAUGGCGGAAGGAAUCUGAUCAAGGCUCUGGGGUCGGACAGCCCGUCCCAGACCUUCAAGCUGAAGAGGCUGAGUAUAACGGAGGGCCACGUCCUCCACAUGGAACCACUUGAGCCACAUGAGCCACUUUCACAACUCAUAGCGCCCCAUCGUGAGACCCUGGAGCACUUGACGAUUUCGAAUCUCGAAUUCAAAUGGGCAAGUCCAAAUCUCUUCCUCUCCAGGCUUAGCAAUAUCGGUAUGUCAAAGCUGCGUUCCCUUUAUAUCAAUAAAGUUACGUGGGAUAGCUUGCGAGAGCAGCAACCCGAAACGGAGAUCAAGGGCCUUACGUUUCCGUCCAUCGCACAUGGUCAAGACUUGGUCCUACCGCGUACCAAGGACGUACGGUAUACCCUUUCGACGAACGAGGCUGACGGCGUUGAACCUGCGACCUCGGAGAUUCGGCUUGAGGGUGAGGACAUGAGCUCUGCGGUCGAGGCGCUGCGGCAAGCAGCUGUGGUCUGA